AUGAAAGGAGGUCCUGUAGAAUGGGAUUAAAUAUUUAGAUUACGACAUUUCUCUUUAGGAAAAUAUGUAGCUGUUGAAAAAGAAUAAGAUACAGAUAUUGAUACAGAUUCAUGUUUUAAUUUAGAAGAUAAAUAAAAUGAUAAUUCUUUAUUAUAAUUCUCUGAUUCUGAUUCCUCUAUAGUUAUGUUGAGAUUAAAAGAUAAUUGUAAAAAUUAUGAUGUUCUUAAAUUUUAUAAAGCUAAUUUAAAUGAAAUUUAGGAAACAUCUUUUUUGGUUUCUUAUUUUCCUAUUAUGAAAAAAACUUUAUCUAUUUUAACAGAUUUGGCAACAAAAGAUUAUAAAAAGAUCUAUUAAGAUAAAAAUAUUAAAUUUUCUAAAAAAAUUACAUCAUUAAAAAAAGUAUUAUAAGAUUUAACACGAUUUUGUUCUAAUUAAUUUCUAAUUAGUAGUUUAAAUAGAUAAAAUGUUCUGGAAGAAUAAUAUUUUAUAAAUAUUUUAAUAGUAAUCUUAUGUAAUAUCAGUAAUGAAGGAGAGAUAAAAAAUAUUUAGAUUUGAUAAGAAAAAAGAAAAGGUUAUGGAUUUAUGGAUACAAGUACCUAGAUCAACAGUUUAAAAAUUACAUUCUGCAGCUUUUUAAGUAAAUGACAGAUUUUGUACAAGUUGCUUAAAGAAUUCAAUCAGAUAAUGAUAAAAAAUAAUUAUAAUCAUACAUUGGAGAAAAAUUUGAAGUUAUAAAAAUGAUAUAUCAAUUAUUGAUAUGUAUUUGGAAAGACAAUUAUUAAAAAGAAGAAUAUGUAUAAGAGAAAGUAGCAAAGUUUUAUUAUAGUAAAGAUAUUGAUGUAAUGGCUUAAAUUUAUGAUUAUUAAAAUAAUUUAAAAUAAGUUAUUAUAAACAGUAAUUGUUAAAAAAAGAGUCUUAAGCAUAUAAGAAAAAAAAGUCAGAAGCCUUAAUUACAAUUAGAUAUAAUAAAAUUAGCAAAAAACUUUGAUAUAAUUUGAUGUUAUUAAUUUGAUAAAUAGAAAAUAUAUAUAUAGUGAAAUAUUAUAACCUUUGAUAACAUUUUUAGAAUAUGAUAAGAAUAAUUAUAUUUUGUUUUAUUUGAUGAAUUUUUAAAGGGAAGAAGCAUUAAAAAGAGCAAAGAAUUCAAAUAAAUUGAUUUCAACAAUGAAAGGUAUUGUAACAGGAGCAAUAGAUGUAGGUAGAGCAAUAGUUAAUGUAUUUGAAGAGGAAUUUGCUAUAAAAGAUUCAAAAAGUAUUGAAUUCAAUUUUUUUAAUGAUGGAUAAGAUAAGGAUAAAAAACAACAUCAGUCUUAUAAGUAGGAUUGUAAAUUAAUUGAUUUACUCUUAUAAAAAACAUAAGGAGAAGAAAGUUAUAAAUUAAAUACUCCAAAAUUAAAAUAAAUAUUUUCUUUAAGAUAUUUAGUGAAUUUAGGAGCUGAAGAAAAUGAUGAAUUUAUAGAAGGUUAUUGUAGAAAUGGAACUAAAGAUGCAAUUUGA